UGACUCAUAUUAAGCCAGGAUUUGGCGUAUUUUGAAAGCUGCACUGAGGCAGCAAGGAAUUGAGUGUUUAUGCUGAAGGCUAUAUUUACUGCGAGAAAGUCAAACUGCCUAACUUAAGACAUCAUUUGGGGAACUUUUUUUUCUCUAUUUCCAUCAAAUUUUUUAUGAAGAUCGAGUAAAGAAAUUACCGGAUUUUCAAUGAAUCCAUUUUGGUUUCACGUUUUCUUGUGCAGUUUGACAGUCUUUGCUUGCCCGUCUUUACUACAUGGCAUGGAUUGGAAGAAUUCUGGUCAAAGAUACGAAAUAAACAACCUGUGCAAGUUUUGUGAUGUGUUGUCAACAACAUGCGACAACUCGGGAGAAUGCCAAAGCAACUGCAGCAGAACCUCUAUCUGUGAGAAGCCAGAAGAAGUCUGUGUGUCCAUCUGGAGGAGGGAUGAUGAAAACACGACUGAGGAAACGCUUUGUCACGACCCGGCAAAGAAAUUAUACAACUUUAUCCUGGAUGACUACAACGCCACAAAAUGUGUGAUGAAAGAGAAGAAGGUGCCGGGCAUGUUGUUUUACAUGUGCUCCUGCAGACAGGAAGAAGAGUGCAAUGACAAGUUUAUAUUCUCUUCUGUAGAGACCACGCCAAAGGUGCCGGUGAUUUCUCAGGUCAUGCUGAUAUGCCUCAUGCCACCCCUAUUCAUUGCCCUCUCUGUGGUCAUCACCUUCUACUUCUACCGGGUCCAGCGUCAGAAGAGGCUGACCAAGGAAUGGGAGAAGAAGAAGAAGAGGACACACGGGCAGCUAGACUGCAGCGACGCUUGCGCCAUCAUGAUCGACGAUGACCGCUCUGACAUCAGCUCUACCUGCGCCAACAACAUCAACCACAACAUGGAACUGCUGCCCAUCGAGCUGGACAUGCAGGUGGGCAAGGGCCGCUUCGCAGAGGUCUACAAGGCCAAGCUGAAGCAGAGCACCUCGGAGCAGUUUGAGACGGUGGCCGUCAAGAUCUUUCCGAUCGAGGAGUAUGCCUCCUGGAAGAACGAGAAGGACAUCUUCUCAGACAUUAACCUUAAGCACGAGAAUGUGCUGCACUUCCUCACUGCAGAGGAGCGCAAAGCAGAAAAGCAGUACUGGCUCAUCACUGCCUACCACUCUCAGGGCAACCUCCAGGAGUACCUCACCAAGCACAUCAUCAGCUGGGAGGACCUCUGGCAGCUGGGAGGGUCCCUUGCUAGAGGGUUGGCUCACCUGCACAGCGAUCAUACACCCUGCGGACGCCCCAAGGUCGCCAUCGUCCAUCGGGACCUGAAGAGCUCCAACAUCCUGGUGAAGAAUGACUUGACCUGCUGCCUGUGUGACUUCGGCCUGGGACUCAGACUCGACCCUCUGCUCUCGGUGGAUGAUCUAGCCAACAGUGGACAGGUUGGUACAGCCAGAUACAUGGCCCCUGAAAUUCUGGAAUCCAGAAUGAAUUUAGAAAACACUGAGUCAUUUAAGCAGACUGAUGUCUACUCCAUGGCCCUAGUUCUGUGGGAAAUGACCUCGCGCUGCAGUGCCCAUGGAGAUGUGAAAGACUAUGACCCUCCUUUCGGCAGCAAAGUACGAGAGCAACCCUGCAUUGAAAGUAUGAAGGACAAUGUCCUGAGAGACAGAGGACGUCCCGAGAUCCCCAACAGCUGGCUUAAUCACCAGGGCUUGCAGCUGGUGUGUGCUAUCAUCGAUGAGUGCUGGGAUCACGACCCAGAGGCCCGUCUGACUGCCCAGUGUGUAGCCGAGCGCUUCAACGACAUGGAGCAGAUGGACAAGCUGUCUGGGAGAAGCAGCUCAGAGGAGAAGAUCCCAGAGGACUGUUUUGUGAGCGAUGGCAAGUAGGAAACAAAGUGGACAACCGCCAGAGGGCAAAAAAAAACCCCAGAGGAAACGGAAAAAACAACAAAACAAUGAAGUGAUACUUUAGCAGUUCUGCUUGGACUUUGUGCAUCUCUUCCUGGGACAAUCCACCCUCUUCCUCUCCGGUUACUCUGUGGGGAAGGAAAGGAGAAGCACAGGAUGGGGGAUUGUGUUUCUAUUUGCAUAACCUCGCCAUAAAGGAAGAGGUGGAAUCGGCAGGGCUAAAAGAAAUAAGCUUUUGUUGUAACCAUUGACAUUUGCACUUUAUAAGUAUAUGCAUCAGAUUAUUUUGUAUUUAUGCUAAAAAGUAAUACUCUGCCUUCACAGCAAAUAACAAGGACAUAUAGACUGUGAUGACAGACAAAAUCCAUCCAUUUUUAAGACAUUAUUGACAUUUUUUAGGGUGUAAAAAAAUGAUGGUGGUGGUGGUGGGAGGGGGGGUCAUUUUAAAUGAUAUCCUUCAAGGUUAAUCUACAUUUAAACAUAAGCCUAACAUGUUUUAAAAUUCAGAAAAAUGCUGCACACAUGUCUGAGGAAGGUAAGAAGCCAACCAUGUUCUGUAAAGGGAAUAAUGUGGGUUGGUGUCCCUCCUCUGUGUUGCCGCGCUGCGUUAUUUCACCUGGGGGAGUCAUAAGAAAGGUUACAAGCGAGAGGAGGCCAUUUAGCCCAUCUUGCUUGUUUUGGUUGUUAGCAGCUUAUUGAUCCCAAAAUCACAUCAAGCAGCUUCUUGAAGGUUCCCAGGGUGUCAGCUUCAACAACAUUACUAUGGAGUUGGUUCUUGCAUCUAUUAUUAUCUUUACAAUAAAGAUAAACAUUA